AUGAGUGAAGACGAGCUCAUCAGCGCUGCGCCGCCCCCACCGGGGGUGACUUCGAACUUCGAAAAUCCUUCAGAGUCCCUCGUGCCACAGGUUCUCGUCGUAGCGAUUCUGCUAAACCUCUUGGCAAUCAUCUUCUGUGGCAUUCGUCUGUAUACCGUCCGCGUCGUGAUUCACCGCCACCAGCUCGACGACGAUCUCAUCUUCGUUGCCCUAGUCUUUGCCACCGCGUACUCCGUCAUCCAGGUCUACGAGACACGCAAUGGAGCGGGACACCACAUCUGGGACGUGUCCAGGGCGGACGCCGUUGCCUUCCACAAAUUGAGCAUGACCGACCUGGCAGCCUACAGUCUCUCCAUCCUGUUCACGAAAGCGUCGAUAUUGGUCUUUUACCUCCGCUUCCCACUCAAGCCAAUGGUGCGAACGACCGUCUACCUCGUCAUGUUUGCCACGAUAGGAUACUCUGCCGCUGGUGCUCUCGGAUGGGUCUACCUUUGCACGCCAAUGGCCAAGAUCUGGGAGCCCGAGACGCCAGGAACCUGCGUCGACCGGGCGAUGUGGUGGUUGAUGCUCUCUGUGUGCAAUGUCGCCACAGAUCUCGCAAUCCUGCUUCUUCCCAUCUGGAUUCUCUCGCCAUUGUCUCUACGGCUGGUCAAGAAGAUUGAGAUGACGAUUUUCUUGAUGGCCGGUGGAUUUGUUCUCGGACCGAGCAUCGUCCGAAUGGUUAUGAUCCCGAUAGGCUUCAACAACUCUGACUUUACUUGGACCGCAUCGAUCAGCAUCAUUUGGUGCGUGGUCGAGGCCAACGUCGGCAUUAUCUGCACCUGCCUGCCCUUCCUUAAGGCAUUCAUGAGACAUGUAGCCCCAAGCAUUUCCAAGCGGUUUGCGAUGAACGACGACGAGCCCAACUCGCCCACAGUGUUCGACAGGGCCGCCGCCAUGACGAACCUGCCACCCACAGUGCCCAAGUCCACGCGGCGCAAGAGCUUCGGGCGACAGGCUGUCAAGGACAUUCCAGAAGAUGAGGGCCUGGUGCCCAUGACGGCGACGACGAUGCGGAACUGGCCAUUGAAGAACGACGCGCCGUUCGAUUACAAGGACGGGGAUGAUGAUAGGAUAUCACUUGAUCGGGUGUCGUCGGAGAGGAAGACGCCGCAGAAGCCUGUUGAUGCUACGGAGAUGGUAUGA